AUGGCUGGAUCCUCCAAACCCCCCGAGAAGAAACAGGCAUCCCUCAGAAGCUUCUUUACGCCCAAAGCCACAACCAAUGGACCGGCACAGAAGCCCACUCAAGCUGCUGUUGAGACAUCGCCUACAAGUCCCAUCGUUGAUCCGCCGCGAAAACGUCCGCUGCACGAGAACGCCGAUUUUGGUAAUGAGAAGUCUGGCCGGUUAACAAAGCGUGUCAAGCCGAUUGUUGAGGGAGAUUACUCGGAACAUCUGUCCAAGCCUCGCGCCAAGGCGUCGUCGUCCGAGGCUCCUGUCGCCGAAAGCCCCGGUGUACGCUCCCGGACUGAGCGUUACGCUUAUGUGGCGUCUUCCUCAAACUUGGAUUCGUCUUGCCCGGGCGAGGAUGACGAUGGCGACGACCUAGCUGCAAAACGAAGAAAAGAGGAGCUGCACAGGAAAUUUGUAAAGAAACUGGGCCAUCCCGAUAGCUUGUCCAUGCUCAGACGACGAAAUUUCCAGGCCGAUAGCGAGACUCCGGGCCUGGAGGGCGAGGAUGAUGAAGGGGCCGCCGGAGAAGCUGAAGAGGAUGAAGCGACUCCGCCAGCAAAGACCAAGAAGAAGGGUGCCAAGACGGGAAAGCUCACUCCAAUGGAGAUCCAAUUCCUCGACAUCAAGAGGAAGCACAUGGACACCAUCUUGAUCGUUGAAGUCGGAUACAAGUUUAGGUUCUUCGGUGAGGAUGCGCGUAUUGCCGCCAGAGAACUGAGCAUUGUCUGCAUACCCGGCAAGUUCAGAUAUGACGAGCAUCCCUCAGAAGCGCACCUUGACCGGUUUGCCUCCGCAAGCAUCCCCGUGCAUCGUUUGAAUGUCCAUGCCAAACGUCUUGUAGCCGCGGGUCACAAAGUGGGUGUGGUGCGCCAGAUCGAGACGGCUGCGCUCAAAAAAGCCGGCGACAAUCGGAAUGCGCCCUUUGUCAGGAAGCUCACCAAUGUCUACACCAAGGGCACCUACAUCGAUGAAGCCGGAGAACUAGACCAGCCUGCCGAAGCCACUGGCGCACCCGCUGGCGGUUAUUUGCUCUGUCUGACGGAAUCCUCUGCCAAAGGCGCAGGAACAGACGAGAAGGUUGAUGUUGGAAUUGUUGCCGUGCAACCUGCAACAGGAGACAUUAUAUACGACGAUUUCGAGGACGGCUUCAUGAGACGCGAGAUUGAGACCCGAUUGCUUCACAUCUCCCCUUGCGAAUUCCUCAUUGUCGGAGAACUCUCCAAGGCGACAGAUAAGCUCAUACAGCACCUCUCCGGCAGUAGCACAAAUGUCUUUGGUGACAGGAGUCGUGUGGAACGCGUUCCCAAGGGUAAGACGAUGGCUGCGGAGGCCUACUCACACGUAACCCAAUUUUAUGCCGGGAAAGCCAAAAGCAACGACGAACGUUCGGCGGCCCUCCUUGACAAAGUCUUGAAGCUGCCCGAGCCAGUCACCAUCUGUCUGUCGGCCAUGAUCACCCACCUGACCGAGUACGGCCUGGAGCACAUAUUUGAUCUCACCAAAUACUUCCAGUCCUUUAGCUCCCGGCAGCACAUGCUGAUCAACGGGACUACCCUAGAGAGCCUGGAGGUAUACAGAAACGCAACAGACCACUCUGAGAGAGGAAGCCUGCUGUGGGCUCUGGACAAGACCCGGUCUCGCCCCGGUCGAAGACUGCUAAGGAAAUGGAUAGGCCGUCCGUUACUGGACCGGGACCGAUUGGAGGAGCGCGUCUCCGCUGUUGAGGAACUGCUCGAGAAUCAAUCUACGGUCAAGGUUGACAAACUGGUUGGUAUACUCAAUUCCACCAAAACGGAUCUUGAGCGAAGCCUUAUCCGUAUCUACUAUGGGAAGUGCACUCGGGCCGAGCUCCUCUCGACGCUGCAGACGCUCCAAAGAAUUUCUAUAGAAUUCUCAAGGGUGAAGACGCCAGCAGACACCGGCUUUAAAUCACCCCUUAUCAGUGAGGCAAUCUGCUCGCUGCCAGCCAUCGGCAACAUCGUAACCUCAUACCUCGACAAGAUCAAUGCAGAGGCGGCGAGGAAAGACGACAAGUACGCCUUCUUCCGUGAUGAGGAAGAGACGGAAGACAUUACAAACCACAAGCUCGGCAUUGCCGCUGUUGAGGCCGACCUAGAUGCCCAUCGCAAAGACGCCGCCACAAAAUUGUCCAUGAAAACGCCCGUCUCCUACGUCACCGUGGCUGGUAUUGAGUACCUAAUUGAAGUCUCGAACACCGACCUCAAGCGGGUCCCGGCGUCGUGGGCGAAAAUAAGCGGCACGAAGAAGGUCUCGCGCUUCCAUACCCCGGAGGUGAUGCGCCUGAUCAAUGAGCGCGAUCAGCACAAGGAAGCCCUUGCUGCCGCCUGCGAUGCCGCUUUUGCUUCCCUGCUCCAGUCCAUCUCGGCGAACUACCAACCCCUUCGCGACGCAGUCGCAUCGCUUGCUACGCUCGACUGCCUUCUGUCCUUCGCGGAAGUCGCUUCUCUCCCCGGCUACACCAAACCAACCUUUCUCCCAUCGCUCUCAACACCCCCCACAAUCUCAAUCACCGAAGGCCGCCACCCAAUUGCCGAACACACCCUGCCAAACGGCUACAUCCCUUUCACCACCUCCCUUUCAUCUCCAUCACCCUUGGCCCAACUGAUAACCGGUCCCAACAUGGGCGGCAAAUCCAGCUACGUCCGUGCUGUGGCGCUGCUGGUUCUCCUCGCUCAGAUCGGAUCCUUCGUGCCGGCCACGGCCAUGUCCCUGACGCUAGUCGACGCAAUCUACACGCGCAUGGGAGCGCGCGACAACCUGUUCGCCGGUGAGAGCACCUUCAUGGUGGAGGUCUCGGAGACGGCCGCAAUCCUGCGCUCCGCCACACCGCGCUCCCUCGUCGUGCUCGACGAGCUCGGCCGCGGCACGAGCACCCACGACGGCGCCGCCAUCGCCCACGCGGUGCUCGACUACGUCGUCCGCGAGACCCGCUGCCUGACCCUCUUCAUCACCCACUAUCAGAGCCUCGCGCGGGUCGCCCAGGGCCUGGGCGACGGGCGCGUGCGCUGCGUGCAUAUGCGCUUCACUACCACCUCCUCUUCUUCCAAGGCAAGGGCAGAUGAACAAGAGACGACAGCAGCCGACGAGGAAAUCACCUUCCUAUACGAGGUCGCCGAGGGGGUGGCACACAGGUCUUACGGGCUCAACGUGGCGCGGCUGGCGCGCAUCCCGCGCCGCGUGCUCGACGUGGCGGCGCACAAGUCGCUCGAGAUGGAAGAGGGCGUCAAGGUGCGCCGGCUGCGUGGCGCGGCAAGGCUGCUUUGCGACGUUCUGACAGCGGCGGCUGGCGGCGAUGAGGCCAAGCCGUCACCGGCCUCGUCGUCGCCGGCGGAUCAGCAGCUGGAUCAUCUGAUCUCAAGUAUUGAGCAGUUGUGA